AUGGCGAGAAGAAUCACAGAUACGGCUCGCUCAUUAUCUGGAAAGGGUGAUACAUUACUUCAACUCAAAGAUGUUCAACUUCACUUUACAAAAAUAUGGUUACAGCGGUUUGCCUGUUUAGCUGAGCACAUCAACAUAGCGGUGCAACUAGGUGUUGUUGGAGUGUUUUUACUUACUUUGGUAGCAAAAACCAUUGGACUUGCAACAAACCAUGUGACAAUGAUUAAAGAUUUCGAAGGAUCAAAUAAGUUCUUAAGGCCAGUCAGAUUCAGUCUCACUUGUAAACUAAGUAUAGUUUGCUGCCUUGCUUUAAUGGUGACUCAUGUCUUAGUGCUCCUUUUACUGGUAAAUGGAAGUGGGACUUAUUGCUCUGAAAAUGUUCUAGUUUUCGCCUCAGAGACUCUUCAAGUUGUAUUGUGGGCCACAUCGUUGAUUGAAGUUUAUGAUGUGAUGAAGAAUAAAUUGAUCAAGUUCCAUUGGCUACUAAGAACAUGGUGGGUUUUGAGUUUCAUUAUGUCCAUGACGGGAGGGGCUAUUGAAACACACAUAAGAAUCAUGAAUCAUGGAAAGCUUAGAUUGAGAGAUUAUGUGAAUCUCCUUGUUGUUCUUCUUUGCACAUGCUUAUUUGGUAUUUCAAUUAGAGGAAAAGCAUGCAUAGUACACGACUUAAGUGGCAUCACUGAUCCACUGCUCAACGAUAAAAGUGAUAAUGAAGAACAUUUAGAUGAUAAAAGGGAAUCUCUCUAUGGGAAAUCCACUCUUCUCCAACUCAUUACAUUUUCUUGGCUUAACCCCUUGUUUGCCGUUGGAUACAAGCAACCACUUGAACGAGAAAUGAUACCAAAUGUUGAUAUGAUGAACUCAGCUGCAUUCCUAUCUAGUUCUUUUGAUAAGAGCCUCAAGUAUGUUAGCGAAAGAGAUCAAAGUGCAAACCCGUCAAUCUAUUGGACUAUCUUUACAUUUAUUUGGAGGAAGGCAGCAAUGAAUGGAUGUUUUGCAGUAAUAAGUGCAGCAACCUCAUAUGUAGGUCCGUAUCUUAUUAAUGACUUUGUGAGUUUUCUAAGUGAGAAGGAAGCUAAAAGUGCUCACAGUGGGUACUAUCUAGCACUAGCAUUUCUGGGAGCUAAAACAGUUGAGACAAUAACACAAAGACAGUGGAUUUUUGGGGCUCGCCAACUAGGCCUUCGUCUCAGGGCUGCUUUGAUAUCUCACAUAUACAAAAAGAGCUUAGUUCUUUCAAGCAAAUCUCGCCAAAGUCGUACCAGUGGAGAGAUAAUCAACUAUAUGAGUGUGGAUAUCCAAAGAAUAACAGACUGUAUGUGGUUUAUCAACAUGAUUUGGAUGUUGCCUAUUCAAAUUUCCUUGGCAAUCUACAUUCUCUUUACAAAUUUAGCAUUGGGAUCUCUGGUUGCACUAGUUGCAACAUUGAUGGUAUUGGCUUGCACUAUACCAAUUACUAAAUUCCACAAGAAAUUUCAAUCCAAGAUUAUGGGUGCAAAAGAUAACAGAAUGAAAGCCACUUCAGAAGCCCUUGGUAACAUGAAAGUACUUAAACUUCAAGCAUGGGAUACACAAAUUCUAGAGAAAUUGAAAGCAUUAAGGAAAAUAGAAUACAAUUGGCUUUGGAAAAAAACAGGGUUGAAUGCAGCUACUUCUUUCAUUUUCUGGGGAUCACCUACACUUAUCUCUACAGUCACUUUUGGCUCGUGUAUUAUGAUGGGGAUUGAACUCACAACUGGAAGAGUUUUAGCAGCACUCGCCACCUUUCGAAUGUUACAAGACCUUGUAUUCAAUCUACCUGAUUUGCUCAAUGUGAUGGCUCAGGGAAAAGUUUCCGCAGAUAGAGUAGCUUCUUUCCUUCAUGACUAUGAAAUUCAACAAGACGCCAUUCAGUUUGUUCCCAAAGAUCAGACAGAGGUGGAUAUUGAGGUCCAAAAUGGAAAAUUCAGCUGGGAUGCUGAGUUAGAACUACCAACUUUGGAUGAAAUAAAUAUGAAAGUGAAGAGAGGAAUGAAGGUGGCUAUUUGUGGGACUGUAGGGUCUGGAAAGUCGAGCCUACUUUCGAGUAUUCUUGGAGAAAUGCAAAAGAUUACAGGAACAGUCAAGAUUAGUGGCACAAAGGCUUAUGUUCCUCAGUCUCCUUGGAUACUAUCAGGAAGUAUUAGGGAGAAUAUCUUGUUUGGGAAUGAGUAUGACAACUCCAAGUAUGAAAAGACAGUAGAAGCAUGUGCUUUAAUGAAGGAUUUUGAGUUGUUCCCUUCUGGGGAUCUAACAGAAAUUGGAGAGAGGGGGAUAAACAUGAGUGGUGGUCAGAAGCAAAGGAUACAAAUUGCCCGUGCAGUUUACCAAGAUGCUGAUAUAUAUAUACUAGAUGACCCUUUUAGCGCUGUUGAUGCUCAGACAGGCUCACAACUCUUUCAUGACUGCCUCAUGGGAAUACUUAGAGAAAAGACCAUACUUUUUGUUACUCACCAAGUUGAGUUUCUUCCAGCUGCGGACCUUAUUCUGGUAAUGAAUAAUGGAAAAAUUACACAAGUUGGAACAUUUGAAAAGCUUUUGCAGGAAAAUGUAGGAUUUGAAAUCUUAGUUGGUGCUCAUAGUCAAGCUCUUUCAUCGAUCCUCAAUGUAAAAAAUGCUACUAAGACUAAACAAGCACUUGAGAGUGAAUUGACAACAGGUUCCACAACUAAUUCUGUACAUGUACAUGCACCUCGCGAAUCAAACCACAAUACCUUUCCCGAGAUAACAGAGAAAGGAGGAAAGCUAGUGCAAGAUGAAGAACGAGAAAAAGGAAAUGUCAAAAAAGAAGUUUAUUGGAAUUACUUAACGAUUGUAAAAGGUGGAUUCUUCAUUCCAUUCAUACUUUUGGCACAAUUAUCAUUCCAAGUACUACAGAUAGCUAGUAACUAUUGGAUGGCAUGGUGUUGUCCUCCAACAAGUGGAACUGAGCCUCAAAUAGGAAUGAACUUCAUACUAUUUGUUUAUACACUGCUUGUGGUAGGAGGCUCACUUUGCGUGUUAUUUCGAGCUAUGCUAGUUGGAGUUGCAGGACUUUGGACAGCCCAAGAACUUUUCAGUAACUUGUUACAUAGCGUAUUUCGAGCACCAAUGACAUUUUUUGAUUCAACUCCAACAGGAAGAAUCUUAAGUCGGGCAUCUACAGAUCAAAGUGUUCUAGAUUUGGAAAUGUCAAGAAGGUUUGAUCGAUGCGCUUCCUCAAUAAUACAGAUGCUGGGGACCAUUGCAGUAAUGUCACAGGUAGCGUGGGAAGUGUUUGUCGUGUUCAUUCCUGUAACUGCAAUCUGCAUAUGGUACCAACGAUAUUACAUACCAACAGCUAGAGAACUUGCACGGUUAGAAGGAAUACAAAGAACACCAAUCCUCCAUCACUUUGCUGAAUCAUUAUCAGGCUCUUCAACAAUUCGCGCUUUUCAACAAGAAGACCGCUUCAUUGCUUCAAAUCUUUCUCUUAUUGAAAAUCACUCAAUGUCAUGGUUUCACAAUGCAGCAGCAAUGGAAUGGCUUUCUUUCAGACUAAAUAUACUAUCAAACUUGGUUUUUGCAUUCUCAUUGGUUUUGUUGGUGACACUACCAGAAGGGAUUAUUGAUCCAAGCAUAGCAGGACUAGCUGUAACAUAUGGAAUAAAUUUGAAUGUUUUGCAAGCUUCGGUUAUUUGGAACAUAUGCAAUGCAGAAAAUAAAAUGAUUUCAGUUGAAAGAAUUAUUCAAUACUCAAAUAUUUCUGUUGAAGCAUCUUUAUCAAUUGAAGAUUGCAAGCUACCAACCAACUGGCCACAAGUGGGAACAAUUUGCUUUAAAAACCUGGAGGUAAUGGUUGAAAAUGGAGAAAAUUGGAGCGUGGGCCAAAGGCAAUUGUUUUGUCUUGGAAGAGCCUUGCUAAAGAAAAGCACCAUUGUAAUACUGGAUGAAGCAACUGCAUCAGUGGAUUCUACCACUGAUGGUGUAAUACAAAUUAUCAUUAAAGAAGAAUUCAAAGAGAGGACGGUAGUCACAAUAGCUCACAGAGUCCAUACUAUUGUAGAAAGUGAUUUCGUUUUGGUUCUAAGUGAUGGAACGGUUGCAGACUAUGAUACACCAUCCAAACUACUUGAGAGAGAAGAUUCCUUAUUCUCUAAACUUGUGAGGGAAUACUCUAUAAGGUCCAAGGGUUUCAACAAGGUAGCCAAUUACAAAUAA